ACUGUUAGGUGGGGCCACGUCCCGACCCUGAGGUUACUCAAAGAGCACUAAGGCCUGGAGCGCUCAGUCGUAGGAGAACACUUCCCUCAGGAGGUAGCAUCUCCCCUGGAUGCCUCAGUGGCAGAGGUUGCCAAAGAGGCACAGGGUGAGGCCCAUGCAGCUAUAGUCAGCACUGCAGGCAGAGAAGCACUGUGUGCGUCUCACCACUGAAGCUCAAGAGAUGUCCAAGGCAGCAGCUUCUGACUUCAUCAAGCAGAUGACAGCAGCAGAGGCAGAGAGCCAGGGAGCUGCUGCACACAGCCCCUGCCCCCCACCCCCCAGCUGCUCGCCAAGCCCUCUGGAAACCCACACCUUCAGCAGGAAAUGGUCAGGGGCAGCAGCAGGGGCAGUCCUGGAAGUACCAGAGACCAAGAAUGUCUUGGUAGAGGAGAGGGAAUGCUUGAAACUCUAUGACAUCCAACACUUCUUUCAAGUGGAACACAAUGAAAACCAAAGUUGGAGUGCUAGAAAAGAGAAGCCUUCCCUGCCCCUCACAUAUCAGGCAUGGUCAGAGUACUGGGGUUUUAACAAUGAAGUACCCCACCUCAGCAAUCCACCUCUAAGGACUAGAAAAAUGGACCCAAUGUGGACCCUGUUUUAUAAGCCCCCCUGGAUGGCUGAAAUGAUGGGUAUGAGAAUGACAACACCAUACAGAGCAGCAGACAGAGAGAGCCAGGAAUCUGCAAUUCACACGCCCUGCUGGUCACACCCCAGCUCCUCUGCAUCAAGCCAGAUGGGAGCCCAUGCCUUCAGCAGGCAGCAAGUAGGACCAGCAGCAGGACCACUCCUGUCGGCAACAGUGGCCAAGGCAGAGGCCUUGGCUAAGAGGGAGAAAUGCUGGGAAGAUAACAGAGACCAUGAGCUGUCCCAAGAAGAGGACAGCACAGACAAAAACUGGAGUACCGAGGAAGAAAGUCCUUCCGUAUCCCUUCCACAUGAGGCAAAGGAAGAGCACUGGGACAGUCAACUACACACACCCACAAGCACCAAACUGGAUCUGCCAAGGUGGGUCUAUAACAGGCCUUCUUAUGACCUGGAUCUGCUGUCUGGCUUGGAUGAAGACAUGGACUGGGAGGAAGAAAUUUUUUUCAGCCUUGAAGGCCAUGACAUGUGGGAUAUGAGGGAAAGAAUCCCUUCCAAAGAGAGCCCAUUCUGGAAGGAAGUGUUGGUGGUAUGCAAUAGGAAGUCAUUUGAGCAUAUCCUAUGCAUGUCUGCACCUACAGCUGUCCCCACACAACAGGCCUCCCUCUUCAGGAGGGCACUUGGUGCUUUGUGCAAGUUGUUCCAGUGCCCUUGCAUCACAAGACAGCCAGAAUUAUAGCAUCCCACUACCAGCGUUAGGUGGACCUCUGGAGAUGGCAGCUGGCCCUAAGCCUGUACAGAAUCCCUGUAAAAUCCCACAAGAUAAGGGGCUAAUGUGUAUGUCUCAAACAACUAUAUACAGAUGGAUAGCUGUGGAUCCAGCCACGUAUUUUGGUAAUAAAAGAUAAGAAUUGUUGAUAAUAA